ACUACACUUAAAAAAAACAAAUGGAAGCCAGCAAUUCACUGUGUAAAAUUACAUGUUGGAUCAUAAUUAACAUUUAUGUCUUUAAGUGUAAUAAUAUUUAAAACCAACACAAUGACAGAUUAUUUUACUUAAAAUUUAAUAAGAUAAGAAAUCUCAUUUAAGACAAGCAAAAAAAUGUCUAAAUUAUGUCAUAAAAUCUCAUAUAAUUAACAAAGUUUGAGGAAGAGACUAUUCAAAGUUUAAUUAUAUACACCUUGACAUAAAAAUAAAUACGGUAUCAUACAACACCACACAGGAGUUAUAAUCCUGAUUAUAGUUAGUUAGGUGCUUGUUGGACAAGUUUCACAAAGUCAGAAAGGUCAAAGUAAAAAAUGUCGCAGGUCAUUAAAAAUAUUUCUUUUAAGUGUCCAAUAUGUAGAAAAAUAUUUUCAACUCAAUGGAACAUGAAAAAUCAUAUAUAUGUACAUACAGGUGAGCGUCCCUUUAAAUGUUUGACAUGUGAGAAAACAUUUAUUCACCUAUAUAGAGCAAAGUGUCAUUUGUUGACACAUAAUACGUGUCCUUAUAAGUGCACUAUAUGCGGAAAAUCCUUCAAAACAAAACACUGUAUGAGGCAACAUACAUUUGUUCACACGGAAGAGCGACCUUAUAAGUGCACUAUAUGUGGCAAAUCCUUCAAAACCAAACACUAUAUGAACAUACAUACAUUGGUUCACAUGGAAGAGCGACCUUAUAAGUGCACUAUAUGUGGAAAAUCCUUCACAACUAACAACAGUAUGAAAAUACAUACAUUGAUUCACACGGAAGAGCGACCUUAUAAGUGCACUAUAUGUGGAAAAUCCUUCAAAACCAAAAUCUGUAUGAGGCAACAUACAUUGUUUCACACGGAAGAGCAACCUUAUACGUGCACUAUAUGUGGAAAAUCCUUCAAAACGAAACACGGUAUGAGGCAACAUACAUUGGUUCACACGGAAGAGCGACCUUAUAAGUGCACUAUAUGUGGCAAAUCCUUCAAAACCAAACACUAUAUGAACAUACAUACAUUGGUUCACAUGGAAGAGCGACCUUAUAAGUGCACUAUAUGUGGAAAAUCGUUCACAACUAACAACAGUAUGAAAAUACAUACAUUGAUUCACACGGGAAAGAGACCUCAUAAGUGCACUAUAUGUGGAAAAUCCUUCACAACUAACUACAAUAUGAAAAUUCAUACAUUGAUUCACACCGGAGAGCGACCUUAUAAGUGCACUAUAUGUGGAAAAUCCUUAAAAACUGAAAAAAUUAUGAGAAAACAUGCAUUGGUUCACAUGGAAGAGGGACCUUAUAAGUGCACAACAUGUGGAAAAUCCUUCACAACCAAUACUAUAAUGAAGGAACACACAUUGUUACACACUGAAGAGCGACCUUAUAAGUGCAAUAUAUGUGGAAAAUCCUUCACAACUAAAAAUAUAAUGAAGGCUCAUACAUUGGUUCACAGCGGAGAGCGACCUCAUAAGUGCACUAUAUGUGGAAAAUCCUUCACAACCAAAUACUAUAUGAUCAAACAUACAUUGGUUCACACGGAAGAGCGACCUCAUAAGUGCACUAUAUGUGGUAAAUCCUUCACAACUAGAGGCAGUAUGAAGGCACAUACAUUGGUUCACACUGAAGAGCGGCCUUGUAAGUGCAAUAUAUGUGGAAAAUCCUUCACAACCAAAUACUAUAUGAUCAAACAUACAUUGGUUCACAGCGGAGAGUGACCUCAU